GCACGCACGCGCAGUCCGCUCUGCUCGGCCCGCCCCGCCGCCAUGGAGCGCAUCGAGGGCGCGGCCGUAGGCCCCUGCUCGGGCUCGGGGUUCCUGCGGCCGCUCCGGCUGCACUACCGCCAGAAUGGUGUCCAGAAGUCCUGGGACUUUAUGAAGACACAUGACAGUGUGGCUGUCCUCCUGUUCAACUCUUCGCGGAGGAGCCUGGUGUUGGUGAGGCAGUUCCGGCCAGCUGUGUAUGCAGGCGAGGUGGAGCGCUGCUUCCCGGGGUCCCUGGCUGCCGUGGGCCAGGAUGGUUCUCUGGAGCUGCUUCCAGCCCUCCCUGGCUCUGUGGGGGUGACAGUGGAGCUGUGCAGUGGCCUUGUGGACCAGCCUGGGCUCUCAUUGGAGCAGGUAGCCUGCAAGGAGGCCUGGGAGGAGUGUGGCUACUGUCUGGCCCCCUCUGACCUGCGAUGGGUAGCUACAUAUAGGAUUGAACUCAGGCCCUCGCGCUUGUCAGGGAAGCACUUAUUCUACUGAGCCAUCUCCCCAGCCCUGGCUUCAGCUUCUUACCAGGGUCUCACCAGGCUGCAGUCAGGGCGCCCGUCUGCCUGGUAUCCUCUUCCCCGCUCAUGCAGUGGCCACAGGAUGCUGCUCUGGUCCCCUGGGGGCAGGGGCCCCAUUUCCUUCUUGGCUGUUAACUGGGGACCACUCACAGCUCUGCCUGCUUGCAGGCCCUUCCCUGUGACUUCUGAUGUAUCAGGUGCUUCAUCUCAGGCCAUCGCCACAGGGUCUGACUCCCUCCAUGUCUGACCUUGAAACCGUCUCCCUUGAGCACUUGCCAGAGCAGGCCACGCCUACCUGGGAUGAACUCAGGGCCCUGAAUCCCAUCUGCAAAAUCCUCCUGCCUCUGCAUACAAAAGCUAAUCACAGAAGACCUGCUCAUUAUGGCCUAGGUCCUCUUUACACAGGUGGGCCGCACAAGAGUGAUGGGGCCGCCUUGUCACUCAGUGGGCCCAUCCCACCCUACAGGUCUGGAGUGGGACUGACAGGUUCCAGCCAGACCAUGUUCUACGCAGAAGUAACAGAGGUCCAGCGAGAUGGGCCAGGUGGGGGCCUGGCAGAA